GAUGAGAAUUACGACUUUUCAAAUCUAAAGGGGGGUCUUUAAGUAAAUUCAACGUUCCUUCCUUCAUUGAAAUUAACGCGUUGCUUCCUUCCUGCUGCCGCUGACCAAUUCAUCUCCGUUGAGUCAAGUCUCGUAUACUUUUUUUAGGCCUCAUCAAUUCAAUUCAAUUCCGAACAUCAACCGAUUCAAACUCCGAUCCACAUCCGGUAUGGCGUCUCAAGAACAUCUCGACAAGAUGCAACUCCGUCAGAACUAUCGGAACCUAUGGCACACCACUCUCAUGAACUCCAUCUCCGCCGACACUCCUUAUUGCUGCUUCGCGUUAUUCUGUGGACCAUGUGUUUCAUACUUGCUUCGUAAGCGAGCUCUCUAUGAUGAUAUGUCAAGGUAUACAUGCUGUGCUGGAUACAUGCCAUGCAGUGGAAGGUGCGGAGAAAGCAAAUGUCCUGAAUUAUGCCUUUGUACUGAGGUCUUCCUGUGCUUUGGGAACUCAGUAGCAUCCACUCGGUUUCUAUUGCAAGACGAGUUUAACAUACAAACAACACAAUGCGAUAACUGCAUCAUUGGUUUCAUGUUUUGCCUCCAACAACUUGCAUGCAUAUUCUCCAUUGUUGCUUGUAUUGUUGGAAGCGAAGAACUCAGUGAGGCAUCUCAGUUGCUGAAUUGCUUAGCCGAUAUGGUUUAUUGCACGGUUUGUGCUUGCAUGCAGACACAACACAAGGUGGAAAUGGACAAACGAGAUGGGAAGUUUGGACCGCAACCGAUGGCAGUACCCCCGGUGCAGCAAAUGUCAAGGAUUGAUCAACCGUAUCCUCCAAAUGUCGGAUAUGGGCAGCAACCUUACGGUUACCCGCCACCGCAAGCUCAAGGCUACCCACCUACCGGUUAUCCUCCACAAGGGUACCCACCUGCGGCUUAUCCUCCACAAGGCUAUCCAGCCCCGGGUUACCAGAGGUAAAUUUGUUGAAUCGUUAAAAUGGCAGCUCGAGUGGUUUUGUGAAUGAAAUUCAUAUUUGUUUCUACCAUUAAACUUUUUUAAGACUUUCUUUUUCCUGUGACGAGAAAACAUGUUGUACAUUACCUGAUAUCGGAUCAGUUUGGUAUGUUUGUCGUGGUCGUUUCUUGGUUCUUGUAUGCAGUUGAUGGGUUCGUUUAUGUUAAUGGAUAUCUGUCGUAUUUUGUAAUGUAUUGAAGUUAAUGCUCCUUUUAUUU